AUUUUGCAUUUCAAGUUUUACUUUGAUACGGGGGUCACGCUUCAACUGACCUAGCAAAAUAAUAAUUAACUUAUAAACUUCGUGCUAGCUGCGUCAGUGCAUUUCGUAAACUAAUUGCGCGGCCACAAACGUCGUCUUCGAAGACAUCGUGUAAUCUCAACUCAGCAAAUCAUACGAGGUAAUUAUAAUCAAAAUGCCCAGAAAAGUUUUUGUGGUCGGUGUCGGUAUGACGAAAUUCGUCAAGCCCAGUUCUGGCGUCGAUUACCCGGAGCUAGGGAAGGAGGCCGUCGAAGCGGCGCUAGCCGACGCCCGUAUCAAGUAUGAGGCGGUACAGCAGGCGGUCUGUGGCUACGUUUUUGGGGACUCCACCUGCGGCCAGCGCGUGCUGUACCAGGUCGGGAUGACCGGCAUCCCCAUCUACAACGUCAACAACAACUGCUCCACCGGCUCGAACGCGCUGUUCCUCGGAAAGCAGCUGAUCGAGGGCGGCGUAUCCGACGUCAUCCUAGCCGUCGGAUUCGAAAAAAUGGCCCCCGGUGCCCUCGGCGGCGGCGCCUACACGGACCGUACGAAUCCGAUGGACAAAUUGACCCUUAAAAUGUCCGAGCUGGCAGACCUAGCCGGCGCACCGAUGACCGCACAAUAUUUCGGCAAUGCUGGCAUUGAGCACAUGAAAAAGUAUGGCACAAAGGAGAUACACUUUGCAAAGAUCGCCGCCAAGAAUCACCGUCAUGGAGCCAAAAAUCCUAGGGCUCAGAGUACAAGAGUUUAUACAGUUGAAGAGGUCAUGAACUCCAGAAAAAUCUAUGGUCCUCUCACAAAACUAGAAUGCUGCCCGACGAGUGAUGGGGCAGCAGCAGCUGUCUUGAUGUCGGAGGAGGCUGUCAUUCGGUAUGGACUGCAGAACAAAGCAGUAGAAAUUAUCGGUAUGGAGAUGGCCACAGACACCGAGGCAGUCUUCAAAGAAAACAGUUUGAUAAAGAUUGCCGGAUACGAUAUGACCGCAUUGGCCGCAAAACGCUUGUACGCUAAGACAGGAAUAUCACCAAAGCAGGUUGAUGUUGUAGAGCUUCACGAUUGUUUUGCUGUAAAUGAGCUAAUAACUUAUGAAGGGCUGCAACUGUGCGGAGAAGGUGAAGGCGGUAAAUUUGUUGAUUCCGGUGACAACACGUAUGGAGGCAGAUGUGUUGUAAACCCGAGCGGUGGCUUAAUAGCUAAGGGGCAUCCUUUAGGGGCUACGGGAUUGGCACAAUGCGCUGAAUUAGUCUGGCAGCUCAGAGGGGAGGCUGGAGAUAGACAGGUACCUCGCGCGCGAAUCGCUCUUCAGCACAACUUGGGAUUAGGAGGUGCCGUCGUCAUAGCCAUGUAUCGCAAAGGUUUCGCCAAUGUCGUGCCCAACCAGGUCGCGGCCAUCACCGAUGAUCCCCAGGACUUCAAAGUGUACAAAUACAUGAAGAUCCUGGAGGAGGCGAUGGCAUCUGACACGGAAAACCUCAUAGAGAAGGUGAGGGGCAUCUACGGCUUCCGAGUGAAGGCCGGGCCCAACGGCGCCGAGGGCUACUGGGUGAUCAACGCCAAGGAGGGCAAGGGCAAAGUCUGCUACAACGGCAAGGACAAGUGUGACGUCACCUUCACCAUCAACGACGCGGACGUCGCCGACCUAAUCUCCGGCAAACUUAACCCUCAGAAGGCGUUCUUCCAGGGAAAAAUCAAGAUCCAAGGCAACAUGGGCCUGGCGAUGAAACUGACGGACCUACAGAAAUCAGCCGCCGGCAGAAUCGAUGCUAUACGCUCCAAGUUGUAAAUGUUAGCGCUAGUUUUAUACACGGGAAGGGUAGAGGGACUAAGGCAUUUAAUGUAAACAACAUUGAAGGCGAUGUCAGUAUGAUGGUCACAAGAAAUCGUAAUAAGUUUAUCACUGUAUUGUUAUAAUGAUACAUGUGAAU